CGACUGUUAUCUUCAGGACUUGACGGCCAACAGGCAAACAAACGCGGUGUGUAUCUAAACGCUCCUUAUUUCUUCGUUCAUGGCGGAUUCCCGUAGGAGUGCGAGCCGCUUCUUUUCGCGCAAGCGGCCGUUGUCACCACGUAGCCCGUCGCCGGUACCUGACUGUGAGUACGAGGCAAGUGUCAUCGACAGCAGCUCGGAACAGGGAGUGCCGUCACCCGCACGGGAAUAUGACGCACUAGCUAUCGAUAGCAGCCUGAAGCGAAGAAAAUCUUUGCCGAUAACCGAAUACGACGAAAUUGGAGUCGACAAUUUUUCGGGACGGGAAGAGCCGUUGCUGAAAAGCUUCGCGCGCGAGAACACGGAUGGGGAGAUUGGGAAAAGAGAAGAAAAUUGUCUGACGGAACGGGCUUGCGUUGCGUUAGCGGAUUCUGUCGAGGAGUACGAAAGGCCAGAUAAGGCCACAGAUAGUGUCAUAGGUCCCAGUGAGCCAAGAGAUUCCUCUACAAAAAUGAACGUAUUUGCCAAGUUCGCCUUUGCCGGUGCCACGAACGAGAGCCGCCCCAAACUAGUCUCUACGCUCAAUUCCUUUGGGGCAGUCGGCGCGAAAUCUUUCGCCAUCAAAGUCCCUAAACCUCCGAAAGUAAGUUGCAAGAAAGACUGGAUUCCGAUGAACUUCGUUUCUCCCAGCCAACGCAGCGAAAUUGUUCAGAAGUGGCAUUCCAUGGCCACUAGUGAGGCCUCUUUAGAGGAUCGACGUUUCGAGGUGUUCAUUGCUGCCCGUCUGCACGCUCGCUGUCAGGAAGGCACGACACGCAAGGCCAUGACUCAAUUGCGUGAACGGCUGGGAGCAGUAUUGACCGUCGCAACCAUAGCGCGGUCCGAGCCUGAAGAUUUUGUGGAUGCUCUCUCCUGUCUUCAGUACUACUCAACCAAGGCAAAACACAUUGUCAAGGCAGCGCGGGAAAUCGUAUCGCAAUUCGAUGGGGAGGUCCCGGAAAGGAAAGAUCACCUGCUCACUUUGACGGGGAUUGGACCGGUGUUUGCGGAUUUGUUGGCCGUUGUCAAUACUCGAUCCAUCCAUCGCCAUCAUUUAGAGCAGCAAAGUUUCAAAUAGUCUCCUGAAUCCUCGUGAUACUUUUGUACGUUGCUUACUGUUAGUUGUUAACCUCUGCUUCCUCCUCUUCUUGCAAUCCUUCCGAUUUUGGUUACGCGCAACUCUAGACCCCAUCUAUCAACAGGCAACUUAUGCUGAAGAGCACCGGCUUUUUCCGUACUUUCGGUGCAUUGAAGCACAGCCUCGGCUGGUAAGCAAGAGAGGAAAUGUCAUACUUUGGUCACGACAAGAAAAAAGGUGAGGCCUAGCAGUUAUCUCUGUUUGCAGAAUGAAUCG